CUGCAUAUAUAGAACCUGGAGACAUUUGCUCCCGUCGCAACUCGAACGUUUAUUGGUCCACGUCAGCCGUGGGACAACUAAUAUGGCAGGGUAUUGAUAGGGUAUUCUUCCAAUGAAGUAAAAGAAUUGAUGGGUAUAUUAUGGUGGGCCUCAUGUCAGAGGAGCGUAAUAACUCCCGUGACCAUCAUCCCUUCUCGGUGAGUCCCGCCCCCAGUGCGCCGCCGCCGAACACCACGCGCACGCCGGCUCGAGUCCCGCCCCCCGGCGCGCACGUCUCGCGAAUCCCCGGGGCUGCUCCGUUGGCUGGCUGGAGGCAGCCACGCCGGGAUUCUUCGAUGGAGAAGGAGAGGAAGCAGGGCUUCCGCGCCCUGAAGGAGGAGGUGGUGCGGGGGCUGUCGCCGGCGUGGUCUCGCGGGAAGACUCUAGCGAGGAGCGCUUCGCCGGCCAGAAUGCUCAUCCCACGCCGCCGUAGAAGCAGCAGUACAUCCCGGAGCAGCUCAUCUCGUGCUCCCGCAGCCUCCGGCCGCCCGCCCCGGCGGUUCCUACAGCUUGUUCCACCAAGGGCGCCCCAAUCUUACGUGGAUGUUGUUUCGCUUCCGUUUAUGGUCGGCCGUGCAUCUGGUCUGCUCUGGUACUGACUUGGCUUCACUCUUCUCGAAUAGAUCACAGGAGUCAUCGUCUGCGCCGCCGCCGUCGAGCAAGGCGAAUUCGUGCUCUAAACCAUGGCGCCCAGGAUGUGGUAUGUCGAGCUCGCAGCCGGCGGCAGCAAGGUGCACGCGCGAUGCAACGGCCGCCUCGUCUGGCGCCACACCUCCAGGUGAAGAAGGCAUCAUCAAUGCCGUUGGCGGCGCCGCCAUUCGCGUGCUCCAGCCUGAGACGCAGAGGCUAAACAGUGAUGUGGUUGUUGGUCGCGGUGCAGAACUGCAGAAAAUGGCAGCUGCUCCUGUAUGGCCCACGUAAGAGCUGGACCAAUCAAAAAUGGAGUUCCGUCCGGUGCAUGUGCCCGCAGGUUCAACCGAGACUUUUCC